AAAAAAUUAUUACUUCUUAUUUGGCACGAGCAACGUCAAUAUCUCUAUGAAAAGAAUAUUUAUUUUCUUGAUUCAACAAAAUCAAUAUCAGUUUUUCUCGGGAUCCGAACUCAAUAUUUUUUCUCUUCUCUCUUCUCUCUCUUUCCCGUGAUUGCUGUGUUAAUAAUUUUUUUAUUUUUGUGUACGUUUUUAAAACACUAAAGAGAGGUUUUGAGGAAUGGCGGCGAAGAAGAUGUUUGGAGCGGCGGAUGCGAGUAUUUUGGUGACGGGUCUUAGUCGGAGUUUUGAUGAUGGUGUGACUCGUGGUUAUUAAUGAAGAGUGACUCAGCUUAAGAAACUUUUGAUUAUUUGUGAUAAUUAUGAGCUUGAGAUCGUCGCGGCUCUUCGCGAUGAUCUUGGGAAGCCUGAGCUUGAAUCUUCUGUUUAUGAGGUAUCUUUACUGAGAAACUCUAUCAAGUUAGCUCUUAAGCAGCUAAAGAACUGGAUGGCGCCGGAGAAGGCCAAAACUUCUCUAACAACGUUUCCUGCAUCGGCCGAGAUUGUGUCUGAGCCUCUUGGUGUUGUGUUAGUUAUCUCGGCUUGGAACUAUCCCUUCCUGUUGUCUAUUGAUCAUGUUAUUGGUGCAAUUUCUGCUGGGAAUGCUGUUGUCUUGAAGCCAUCGGAAUUGGCUCCAGCUUCGUCUGCUCUGCUUGCGAAGUUACUGGAACAGUAUCUUGAUUCUUCUGUGGUGCGAGUUGUCGAAGGAGCUGUUACUGAAACAACUGCUCUGCUGGAGCAGAAGUGGGACAAGAUAUUCUACACAGGUAGUUCAAAAAUUGGGCGUGUCAUAAUGGCGGCAGCUGCGAAGCGUCUUACACCGGUUGUUCUGGAGCUUGGAGGAAAAUCGCCUGUUGUUGUAGACUCGGAUACCGAUUUGAAAGUUACUGUGAGGCGGAUAAUCGCAGGCAAAUGGGGUUGCAACAACGGACAGGCGUGCAUUUCGCCAGACUAUAUCUUGACGACAAAAGAAUAUGCUCCAAAAGUGAUUGAUGCCAUGAAGAAAGAAUUGGAGACGUUUUAUGGGAAGAACCCUAUGGAGUCGAAAGAUAUGUCACGUAUCGUAAACUCGACUCACUUUGAUCGCUUGUCUAAGCUGUUAGAUGAGAAGGAAGUUUCUGACAAAAUCGUCUACGGUGGUGAAAAGGACAGAGAAAAUCUGAAAAUUGCUCCAACAAUCUUGCUCGACGUACCAUUAGAUUCUCUGAUCAUGAGUGAAGAAAUAUUUGGCCCUCUCCUUCCAAUUCUCACGCUCAACAACUUGGAAGAGAGUUUUGAUAUGAUUCGCUCUCGACCUAAGCCACUUGCUGCAUACUUGUUUACUCAUAACAAGAAGCUGAAAGAGAGAUUUGCAACGACAGUCUCCGCUGGAGGCAUAGUGGUGAACGACAUAGCUGUUCAUCUUGCACUUCACACAUUGCCAUUCGGAGGAGUUGGCGAAAGUGGAAUGGGUGCUUACCAUGGUAAAUUCUCAUUUGAUGCUUUUAGUCACAAGAAGGCUGUUCUCUACAGAAGCCUUUUCGGUGAUUCAGCAGUCAGGUAUCCGCCUUACUCGAGAGGAAAGCUUAGAUUGUUAAAAGCCCUUGUCGAUAGCAAUAUAUUCGAUAUAUUCAAAGCUCUUCUCGGUUUAUCUUAAACGGUAAAAGGCCGGGGACAUUUCCUCCUGUAUCUUAUUUUCUUGGUUUUUCAAAUAUGAACCUAUUGGUUUUCAAAUAUAUAUGUUUUGGUUUUGUGGGGAUGAAUAUUGGAGUCGAUAAAUAAAAGUUUUCGGUUGAUUAUGGAAACCGGUUUCUUCA